AUGUUGCGACGGCCUCCUGGUGAGGGACGGCUCGUCGUUCAACAGCACAAGGUUCUUCUUGCCUUGGCCGUCUUCCUUCUACCAUGGCUCCAACUUGUCGAUGCUCAGCAGCAGCAAUCCCGACAGCAAUCCCCCCCGGAGCCAGCCUCCGUCGCCAACCUCCUCAGCGAUUAUAGCAAAGAUAACAGCAUAGUUGUGGACAAGCAUGAUGUUCACGCCCGAGACGUCCCUAUUCCCCGGCACGACUCCUUCGAUGCUGAGCGCGUCGUAGGUGAUCUCGCUACUGCUACGCCUUCUAAGGCACGCGACCAUCACGAGACCCCAGCCGUUAGCCGCAGGAACAGCGUGACUACCAAGAAGCAACGACUCCAAAACGUACCUUUUCCUAACGAUGCGAGCGCCCUCGCAACUUUGGCUCCGGCUCCGUCCGUUCGAGCACCAAAUUCUCCAAGAUAUCUGCCCAGCCUGCUUGCCGGUGCUGGGCUUUCCUCGCCGCAGACUGCGCGGAGUCUGGAGAAGUGGGAAGUGGAAGACUACAUUCUUCUGGCGACCGUCGAUGGGCAUCUUUAUGCUGUCAACCGUGAGUCCGGCGACGAGCGCUGGCACCUCCAAGUUGAGCAGCCUAUUGUCGAGACCAUUCACCGCCGCCCAAAUAGCUCCAUAGCUGAUGGGCGAGAUGGCCAUGAUCAUCAUCCCCUGGAUGACUAUAUUUGGGCUGUUGAGCCUACUCGUAACGGUCCACUCUACGUAUGGACACCGGCGGGAUAUGGUAACGGCCUUAUGAGCACGGGUCUAACCAUGAAACAGCUAGUUGAAGAGUUUGGCUCAUAUGCUGUUCAGAACCCACCUGUUGUCUACACGGGUCAUAAGAAAACGACCAUGAUCACUUUGGAUGCGGCGACCGGUCGCGUUCUUAAAUGGUUUGGUCAAGGAGGUUCACAAGUGGACCAAAGUGCCACUUGCUUCCCCCCGAACGGGCGUUUCGUCGAUUCGGAUAGUAGGGAAUGUAGUGACAGUGGUACUAUCACUCUCAGUAGGACAGAGUACAUUGUUAACAUACACCGGUCUGAUGACGGUAGAGAGCUCGCCACACUUAAGUAUGCUGAAUGGGGUCCAAACAAUUUCGACAAUGAUCUCCAUCAGCAGUAUCGUGUUACGCAGGACAACCGCUACUUUACUAGCCAGCACGAUGGUAAAGUGUAUGCGCUAGCCUACCCUACCGGAAUUACUUCCUUCGCACUCCAGUUCUCCGUCCCUGUCGCACGUGUCUUCGACAUCGCUCGGCCUGAGGAUGCCCCUCCUGGUAGCAACCCCGAGCUUGUCCUGCUCCCCCAGCCCGUUCCGCCACCUCGGGACGAAGACUCCGCCCGUGCCCGAAGUCAUAGCGUAUUUCUCAACCAGACGGCAUCUGGUAGCUGGUACGCCAUGUCUGGCUGGUCAUAUCCCUUAAUUGUCGAUGCCCCCGCAGCGCAGCUCAGCCGUAGAAACCGCCGGGACGCCGAAAACCCUUGGGAUAGCCUUGAUACUAGUUGGGCGAACAAGGUAUUAGUCGGUACUCACAUUCUGGGGAAUGCAAGGACAGUAGCACAAUGGCCGUCGUCCAUACCUCCAAGCUUACCUUCCUCUCCUUUCACACCAGAAUCCGACAAUGACGAUAAUGAAUCCGUUGUGCCAACCCCAUUCCCUGAUAUUGCGACCGAUCCCCCAGGCAUUGUCGAUAGCAUCGUCGCUCUUCCUCAAUAUGCCGCUGAUAAGACAGUCGACUUCUUCAUGAAUCCAAUUCUAUUUCCUGUACUUAUCUAUCUUCUAUUCCGUUAUUACAAGGACCUGGUCAGAUGGUCUAAGCGCCGCAUCAGGCCAAAGCAGUAUCUUGAUACUAUGACAUAUGUGCGUUCGACAGAUGCUGUCGUCAAUCCGCCGCAGGAACCAGCCGAUGAAGUCGUCCAAGCGCCAGUUGUAGAGGCAGACGAGAAGCAGCAGGAACCAUUAGUAUCCGAACCCGCAGAUGUCGAAAAGGCCGCACCUGUUACCGUGUCUGCGGUUGAGCUUGAGCCGCCACCCGUAGAUGAAAGCCGCGAACAGCAGCAAACUGAGGGCGAGUCUCCCGAGAAGAAGAAAAAGGCCCACCGUGGCCGGAGAGGAGGUGUUAAACAUCGCAAGGGAGCAAAGAAGCAACGUGACGCCACUGAAAGUGCAGGAGAAAAUGGCAUAUCUGAUGUGGGAGAGGGGAUCCCUGGCCUUCAGAACGUUGGGAUGCCAUCUAAGCUCGAACCGAAUAUCACAACCAUGAAUAAUGACCCAGAGGAUGUGAGCGGUCCUAUUGUUAAGAUCGGUGGUAUUGAGGUCAAUCAAGAUGAGCAGCUCGGCAUGGGUAGUAACGGUACCAUAGUCUUCGCGGGAAAAUUCCAUGGACGGGACGUCGCCGUCAAGCGUAUGCUUACCCAAUUCUGGGAUAUUGCAACGCAGGAGACACAGCUUUUGCUUGAAAGCGAUCAUCAUCCCAAUGUGAUUCGAUACUUUGCGAUGUCGAAGAAUGACAGUUUUCUCUAUAUUGCGUUAGAGUUGUGCCAAGCUUCGCUUUCGGAUAUUAUCGAGAAGCCUGCCAUGUUCCAGGAUUUAGCUCGUGCCGGUGAGAUGGAUUUGCCCCGAGUCCUAUUGCAGAUCGCGCACGGCCUAGGAUUCCUCCAUGACCUUCGUAUUGUUCACCGCGACCUGAAGCCCCAGAAUAUUUUAGUCACCAUGGGACGUGAUGGCAAACCGCGACUCCUCGUAUCAGACUUCGGCUUGUGCAAAAAGCUCGAGGGGGGCCAGUCAUCCUUUGGCGCGACUACAGCCCAUGCCGCUGGCACUUCUGGUUGGCGAGCCCCUGAGCUACUCCUCGACGACGACGCGCGCGAGUCUUCUACAAUGUCUAUGACCAGCACGCACAGCGACUCAAGCCAACUAAUCAGCGCUGAUGUCAUGCCUAAUAGGCGUGCUACUCGCGCGAUUGACAUCUUUAGUCUCGGCCUUGUUUUCUUCUAUGUGCUCACGAAGGGACUACAUCCUUUCGAUUGCGGCGACCGGUACAUGCGAGAAGUUAACAUUCGGAAAGGCCAAUUUAGCCUCAAACCUUUGGAUGUACUAGGCGAUGUCGCGCACGAGGCCAAAGCUCUAAUUGAGACGAUGCUUCGAUCCGACCCUAGGGCCCGGCCUUCGGCUAAGGAUGUUAUGUCCCAUCCGUUCUUCUGGUCGGCGAAAGAACGGCUUGCGUUUCUUUGCGAUGUCUCGGACCACUUUGAGCUCGAGCCUCGAGAUCCACCGUCAAAUGCCUUAAUGGAACUAGAAGCUUGUGCCCCUCAAGUAUGCCGAGGCGAUUUCCUCAAGGUACUACCUAAGGAGUUUGUGGAGAGCUUAGGCAGACAGCGCAAAUAUACAGGGUCGAAGCUCCUAGAUCUGCUACGGGCGCUAAGGAACAAGAGGUUCCAUUACGGAGAUAUGAGCGAACCCUUAAAGAAGAUGGUAGGGCCGUUACCAGAUGGAUAUUUGAGUUUCUGGACUCGGAGGUUUCCAAAUCUAUUGAUUAUAUGCUGUACGGUUAUUUACAAGCUGAAUCUGGAAGAGCUAGAUACUUUUAAAGAGUACUUCAAACCGAGAACACCUCUAUAA